AGAGAGGGGAAGAGAACCCUUCUCUCAGAGAAUGACCGCGCGCGUCUUUAGUGGUAAUUUUAACACUUGUUCAUGAUGAACACUUUCUAAGAAUCCGCAAUUUUGCCAAAGUGUUGCGUGGGUGUCGAAAUGUGUGGAAUAAAAGCACGCACAGACCCCACUAGAGAACAUAGGACGCACCGCAGACAGUCGCACUUGAUUUUUUUUUUCUGCGCUGAAUUUGACGUGCGUCAGAACAACAGCACAAAGAUGGGUUUGUUGAUGAGGUUCAUCGUUCUCGUCUGUUUGUCCAUAACGAGGAUGUCUGCUCUUAAAUUUUUCCCUGAGAAAUUUGAAAUUGGUGAGAAAGGCACAUCCGUUACCCUGACCUGUAAAACAAAUAAAGACAGUGUCACAUGGAAACGUGAGGACGCACUUGGCAUAGUGGAUAUAGUGGAAUCAGAUUAUGAAAAACUCAGUGGUCGGCAUCUGACUGUGAUUGACCUGCAGAAAGACCAAAUCGGGAAUUACACCUGCUGGAGUGAUACGGGUCUUGAAGACUACACCUAUCUCUUGCUUGACAAGUCUAAAGAAGCUACAGGUUUUAACAUCAAUUGCACAGCAGAAACUUUUUCUUGCUCUGAACGCAUCAAAUGUACCUGGACCUCAGAUGAAUUUACUGCUUUCAGACUUCGCAAUACAAGGGAUGAUGGUGACUGGGUGUCACAGUCUGUGGAUGGGGUAUUUUUUCUCCCACAUUCAACGAAUUCCUAUUCUGAAGAAUCUGAGCGACUGCUGAUAACUGGAGAGGCGGUUUCCACUUGCUGUUAUAUGAAAACUGACUACAGCUUCUACCUCCGAGACAUCGUUAAGCCAGACGAUCCAAACAUUUCAAUCUGCACAGUAAAAAAUAAGGGGAGUGAUAAGCAAAUCAUAGAAGUGGAGGUGAUGCCUCCUUCUUCCUGGCCGCAGCCCUACAGUUUCUUUCCUCUGAAGCAUCAGAUUCAGUACCAGAUUCGACACAAUGGGGAGCUGAAGACUAAAGAAUGGGAGGAGGGGUCAAAGAUUGCAGUUGAAGGGCAAAUCAGUAAACUAAGGGUGCGCUGCAGAGACAUGCUGCUCCUCUCUCAGUGGAGCGAGUGGACCACAUGGAAAAACGUGCCCAAUAAGGGAAAAAGAAACCGUACCAAAAACAAGGUGGCAAAGAAAAAAAGUGGGAAAAAAAACAAGACCAAGAAAAAAGAAGAAAAAUCAAGAGUAAAUCGGCAUUGGGGAAAAAGAAUAAACUUCUGAACUGGGCAUGCUUUUGAAUUUCUAAAAGUAUAUUUUUAUGCCAAUUCAAACAUUGUAAAUAUAGACUGAAUUUGUGUAUAGGAUGGCUUGAAUAAAUGCUGAAUAAACAUUGCAAUGCUGAGCUGAGUAUUCAACAGCAGGGGGCAGCAGUGAGUUAGGAGGGGAUGCUGGCUCCUUUCAGGGGCUUUAUGGAAUUCUCUACUUUGUAAAAAUCAGUAAAUAUAUAAAGAAAUAAAAUACUGUAUUUCCAAAAAUA